CCCCACUCAACCCACCCCGCCUCCUGCCAGAGGCCAGCAGCUGGGAGGAAGGAGCUGUCCAGAGAGUGGGCGCAGGCACUGGGAAGAAAGCUCUCCCAGCCUCCCAUCCCAAAGUGGCCGCCAAGAGGAGGAAGAGGAGGAGGAGGAGGGAGAGGACCCCACAAAGCCAGCCCCCAGAGACCGGAAGCGGAGGAGCUGGGGGGGGCCCGCCCGCCCCAUGGAGCCCCCCGGGGCUGCUGCCACUGCUGCUGCCAUGCUGACAGAUGUUAACUACUGUUUGAGGCCUAUGAGCAGGAUAUGAGGAGUAAUAGAUGACAUAGAUUUCCAAUUAUUUUUUCUAACCAGUUAUUCCUGGAACUUCUUCCCCAAGGCACCUAUACAGUUCCACCACCUCCUUCAAAUUCCUCUUCAGUGAAGCCUUUGGCUUAACUUCUUAGUUCUCACGCUCUCCAUUAAAAAAGCCUAGUCAUGGACCCUUCAGUCACCCUGUGGCAGUUCCUUCUACAGUUGUUGGAGCAGCAAAGCAACGGGCACCUCAUCACAUGGACAUCCAAUGAUGGGGAGUUCAAGUUGAUUGACGCGGAAGAGGUUGCACGGCUGUGGGGGCUGAGGAAGAACAAGACCAACAUGAACUAUGACAAGCUAAGUCGGGCCCUGCGUUACUAUUAUGACAAGAAUAUUAUCCGUAAAGUCAGUGGGCAGAAAUUUGUCUACAAGUUUGUCUCGUAUCCGGAACUCUCCAGCAUGGAAGGCGUGAAGGAAGAUGGAGCAACCAAAAGGCUUGAGCAGGUCCAGAGUGAAACCAAAGUGGGCGACGGGGCAUUUGGGCCUCCAAAAGUCCCCCGUGGAGGUGCAGGCACGCCACGAAGCAGCCGGAAUGAAUAUAUGCGCUCUGGGUUAUAUUCCACAUUCACCAUCCAGUCGCUGCAGACGCCUUCCCCCGCUGGGCGUUCUUCUCGCCAUGAGACGGAGCUCUUGCCUGUGGUGCCGCCCCCGGCUGCCCCCCCAGAACCGCCACCCCCUCCCCUGGCUGCUGUGGAGGAUCUGCCACAGUUGCACAUCAGCAUUGAGGAAGCAGAGGACUCUUCGGAGCCACUGCAGGUCAUAGUAGAGCCCACGCCCUUGGAGACUCCAGCCCUCGAUGAGAAGGUUUUAGUGAAGGUUGAGGAGAACCUGGACCUUGAAGAAGAGGCAGCUGCUCUGCUCGUUAUCAUGAAUGCUGGAGUUAAAGAGGAGACCCAACCUUCUGAGAAAGCCUCUCUAGAGAAGGUGGCUUUGGAGGCGGCAGUGUCCCUGGAGGAAGAGGAAGGGUUGCUGAAAGAAGAAGCUCCGUCCCCCAGUCCAGUAGCCACAUCUCUCGAAGGACAACCCCAGAAGGGCAAGAAGCCCAAAGUCUUGGAACUCCCUUCAUUGCCAACUCCAGAGAAAGUGAAUGCUGCUGUGAACAGUCUUCUGGCUCCUGGAGGGACAGGGAGUAGUACCUUGACCCCCACCACGGUUAUUUCCACUCAUGCACUGACCCCUGUUCUCCUCACACCAAGUUCCUUGCCACCCACCAUCCAUUUCUGGAGCACAUUGAGUCCCAUUGCGCCACGAAGUCCUGCCAAGCUCUCUUUCCAGUUUCCCAGCAAUUCUAGCUCACAAAUCCACAUCCCUACACUCAGCGUGGAUGGACUUUCCACUCCUGUAGUCCUGUCUCCUGGGCCCCAGAAGCCAUAAUGUUUCUCCUCUCCAUCAUGGCCUCCCAUGUUCCUGUCAAAGAGCUGGCGGGACAUUCCUUCCAAGCACUUGGGAUUGCUUACCUGGCUGGACUGCUACAUGUCCUUUCGUUGACCGGAAGACGUCGUGGUUGAGUCAUAGAAGGUUCACUUGAGGGAUGAACAUGACAUAGCCAGCAGAUUCAUCCAAAUGUCCUUGGAUAUACUAGGAUUCUCCUUUGAAACCAAAUGCUGUCUCCUUCAAGCCAAGAAGCUGAGGUGAUGCAUUUGCCUCUUUCUGAAAUGUUUCAUAUGGCCCUCAAAUAAUUUUUUUGGGGCAAAGAGGAGACAAUCUUCUUUAUUUGGUCUCCUCUCUGGUUAAGGGUUGUUCAUAUGUGGCAAAAUGGGCUCCUUUUGGAGCUCUGUCUUAGCAUUCAGUCUCUUAAUGGAGAGAUGUGUUUGAGGGACCACUCAAUGCAAGAAGGUCAUCCCACUCCUAUCACAAUCCAAGGCAACUUGAAUAUCUCAUUACAUCCCAUCUUUCUCUCCUUGCCAAUUUAUUUGGAGCUCAGAGGUCUGUACUGUAGACCCUGCCAGCCCUGUUUACUGGGGCUGUAUAUAAGCAUCUGCCAUAUUUGUUGUGGCUGUGUAGCCAAUUCAGCUGGGCAAUGAUCAGUUUAUAAGCAAUCUUUGCUUUGAGUGAAUAGGUGGGCUGUGGAAUUACAGCCCUGUUUGUUUUUUGCCUGGAUAGGAGUAACAAUGCCAAUGUUAGACACACAACUCUUGUGGCUGAAUGAAGAGGCAGCAGUGUUGAUCACGUGUCUUCAGACUCUGUGAAAGAGUGCUGCCUCAGUCAUGAUUUGAUUUGGGGGAAAGGAAUGUGCUGUGCAACAUUAUAAGAGGACGUGGUGUCCAUCAUGUACAGCUUUGCUUAGAUAAGGUAGCAAUGUCCGCCAUGUUUGUUUUGGCUAAACACUGCUGACCAAAGUUUAUUGAGGAAGAUGUUUCUAGCAUUUGUUUUGGUUAUGUCAAAUGCUCCAUUUGACACUAAUGCUACAGCUAUGGAGGUCUUGGCAAUCUUACUUCUCACCACCCCUGAUGCACUUCCUGAAGGCCAGUGGUCACCAGUUCGUCAAUGUGGAAACCAGCAAAUGGAAGUCCUGUUGCUGAUUUCAAGGGGAACUUUCUCUUUUUGCAGAUGGGUUUCCGUAAUUUAUUUCCAGACGACCAAAGGCCACCACAGAAAAUGGCCACAGGGAGGCCUUCGCCCUGUCUACUUUUGACGGUUUCCCCCUGUUUUCAUACCUUCAUUAUUGGAGAGAUUUUAUGAUAUUAGCCAUCGGAUGAGGGAAUUUUACUUACCCAUUGGCCACUAAGGAAAAUGUCCAAACAUCUCAUACCUCUUCAGUUUCUUCCAGCUCUUGAGUCACCCUGGAAGCAACUAAUACAAAUCCUCUGCAACCAAAAAAAAAGGUGGUGGUGAGGGCAUGGGGAAGGGAUUUUUGAAAGCAGUGGAAGUUUGGCCUCUUUUUCCAGCUCCUUGCUUCCUUCCAGAUGCAUCAUAAGGGAAUUUGUGACUCUGUACCAAAGGGCUGUGCCUCCUUAUGAGGUGGGUUUGUUGUAAUUCAGAUCCUCAGAUGGUGAAGAUUUAAUGACUUAUUGAUUGUGAGGUUUGUGGGGUUUUCCCAUAAAUAUUUGUUAGUGAUAUAGAGGGGAUGCCAUUUCAGAAAUAUCACAUGAUUUGUGAUUCGAAUUCCCAGCGCCUUCUAUUUUUUCACAGAGUAUAUCUAUAUCUAUCUAUAUGUAUCACAGUUUUAUCUAUUCUUGAAAGAGUUGUACUGAGAGAAAAGUAGAUGGCUUCAGAGCUAUAUUUAUCUUUUUAUUGA